AGAUCUUCGGCCUUUGAAGCUGAAGGUUUUUGAACAGCUUCUACACAAAUACUUCUUCCUGCGGCAAAUCCAACUUGCAAAUUCAUUUCCAAAGCAUUUUAGUGUAGUGAAGAUUGGAGGUGAGUGAACGAGUUUAUUCUGCGAUGCUAAUCGCGGUCACGUAUGGUUGAUAAUGGAAGGCCUUCAUUCUGUUCGACGGAAGUCCUAGCCGAAUUUCCUUUUUCCUUACUCGUAAGUCUAUUUCUUUCCUGAAGGCUAAUGUGUGAAAGAAAAACUCACAGUCCGGGCAGAGGAUUCGACUAUUUCCUUAAUUCAGUCGACGCCAUCAAGAGUGAAUAAGUACAGAAUGAUCAUCCAGAUGUUACAGCUUCGACAUCGAAGGGAUGAGAAGUAUAAGUCCGAGAGUAGAACACCCGAUCCUUCACCUCUUACAAAAAUGCAAAACCUUCGAUACCUUGAAGCAAGUCCAUGCCCAAAUGAUCACGUCUGGUCUUAUCCUUCACACUUACCCCGUCAGCCGAAUUCUCCAUUUAUCUUUGACUCUUGCUACCUUAUCCUACACUAUGACCAUCUUCAACCUCGUUCAAAACCCGACCAUCUUCCUCUACAAUACCCUCAUCUCAUCACUUGUUCAAAAGGGUCAAGUCCAUGUUUCGAUUUCUCUUUAUAACCAGAUUCUCGCCUGCCCCGACCACAAUCCAAACAGCUAUACAUAUCCAUCCCUCUUCAAGGCUUUUGGCGCCCGUCUAUUGUUCAGAAAUGGUCGAACCUUACAUGGCCAUGUCUUGAAGUUUCUUGACACCCCUUACGACAGCUUUGUUCAAGCCUCGUUGCUUAAUUUCUAUUCGAGAUGUGGAAGAAUAGCCGUUGCUAGAUAUUUCUUCGAUCAGAUCAGAAAUCCAGAUUUGGCGACAUGGAACUCUAUUCUCUCGGCUUAUGCGCGUAAUUCUACUUCGAGUGACUUAUAUGGAAGUACUAGUUCGUCGAUGGAAGCCUUGAAUUUAUUCAGCCAUAUGCAGAUGUCGUUGAUCAAGCCGAAUGAAGUGACAUUAGUAGCUUUGAUCACUGCUUGUGCCGAGCUAGGCGCUGUCGGUCAAGGUGCAUGGGCACAUGUAUAUGUACUCAGGAAUAAUCUUAGCCUUAAUCGAUUCAUCGGCACGGCUUUAAUCAGCUUGUAUGCGAAUUUGGGCUGCCUGAACGUCGCAUGGCAAGUGUUCGACGAACUGUCUCAAAAGGACACAUUGUGCUUCAAUGCGAUGAUUAGAGGACUUGCGAUCCACGGCCAUGGACUCGAGAGUCUUGAUCUAUUCAAGAUGAUGAAACGAGAGGGCUUUCUCCCUGACGAUGUGACAAUACUAGCUGUAAUGUCUGCUUGCUCACAUGUUGGAUUGGUGGAGGAAGGACUCGAACAUUUCGAGUCGAUGGUUGUUGAUUAUAGACUCGAGCCUAAACUGGAGCACUACUCUUGUUUAGUCGAUCUUUUGGGGCGAGCGGGGCUGCUGGAAGAAGCUCAAGAACGGAUUGCGACGAUGCCUAUGAAGCCUAAUGCGAUCGUAUGGAGAUCUUUGCUUGGAGCUGCUAGAGUUCAUGGAAAUGUCGAGAUGUGUGAGGUUGCGUUGAAGAAAUUGGUAGAGUUGGAGCCGGAGACGAGCGGGAACUACGUGCUUUUGUCGAAUGUGUAUGCUUGUACGAACAGAUGGAGCGACGUGAAGAGAGUACGCCAGCUGAUGAAAGACCAUGGCGUCGACAAAAUGCCCGGGAGCAGUUUAGUUGAGGUUAAUGGCUCUGUGCAUGAAUUCCUCAUCGGCGACAAGAGUCAUCCUCGCGCAGGCGAUAUAUAUUCGAAGCUGGAAGAGAUGAACAUGAGGUUGCAAGAGUUCAGUCAUCGGCCGCGAACAAGAGAAGUGAUGUUCGACAUUGAAGAGGAAGAGAAAGAAGGCGCACUUUCAUAUCACAGUGAAAGAUUGGCUAUCGCCUUCGCGCUUCUUGCAUCAGACGACGAUGAUGAUGAUGGCUCUCGGCGCGCGCCAACCAUCAGGAUCAUCAAGAACCUCAGGGUCUGCGUCGAUUGUCAUUCUACGACGAAGCUUCUGUCUAUGGUGUAUAAAAGAGAGAUUAUAGUUAGAGACAGAACCAGGUUUCAUCACUUCAGCAAUGGAACUUGUUCGUGUUUCGACUACUGGUAG